CGUUUUCUUGAAAACACUAGAAUGGUCCUCCGAUCACUUUAAAUACCAAACCUAUCACCCUUCCCCACAAACCAUCGAGCACAAUAUAUUAACGAUUCCAAGCAGCUUUCUCUCAUCAAGCAAGCAAUACCAAUUUCGUUUUCAGUCUUUCAUUGAACAUCAAAAUCGUAGCGAGAAUGUCGAUCAUGCCAAGCUUCUUCGGUGGCCGACGAUCCAGCGUCUUCGACCCCUUCGAGGAUUUCCCCUUGCCCUCUUUUUCUGAAUUUUCUCGGGAAAAUUCUGCGUUUGUGAACACCAGAAUCGAUUGGAAGGAGACCCCAGAAGCACAAGUGCUCACGGUCGAUCUUCCGGGGCUGAAGAAGGAGGAAGUGAAGGUUGAGAUCGAAGAUGACGGAAUGCUCCAAAUCAGCGGAGAAAGGAAGGUGGAGAAGGAAGACAAGAGCGAUGCGUGGCAUAGAGUGGAGCGUAGCAGCGGCAAGUUCAUGAGGAGGUUCAGGCUGCCGGAAAAUGUGAAGAUAGAGGAGGUGACGGCGUCCAUGGAGAAUGGGGUUCUUACAGUCACUGUUCCUAAGGAGGAGGUGAAGAAGCCCGCUGUUAAAGCGAUUGAAAUUUCUGGUUGAAAUUGUAUCCGUUGGCUCGUUAAUCGUUAUGGCCUUGAAAUAAAUCAAUAAAAUUGUUUAAUAAAUGUAAAAAGUAUUUGGGUAAAUCAUUUUCAGUCCUGGAUGUUUACGGAAUCCCUGCUAUUCAGGGACCGGGGGGGGGGGGGGGGUGGCCAUGGCCCCUCCCCACAAUUUCCCAAAAAAAAAAAAAAUUUAUUAGGUAGAAAUUUAUUUAUUUUUUCUAAAAAUUUUAAAAAAUAUAGAGUAAAAAUAAAAAUUUAGCUUA